GCAAUAAUUUGCCUAUUUGAUGACUUGGCAUUCAUGCCGGGUGUUUCAAUGGAUAAACGGCCCGAGAAAGGGCAAUUGACAAAACCUUUCACGAAAUUCCGAACUGCACAGCCGAGAUGCUGUUGCCAUCCAUAUUGGGGCUUACAGCAGAUUGUUCAGCGAGUCUUUCUCAAACAGCGCAGUGCGGCACCGUAGGCCCAGCACAGUACUUCAUGGUGCCGGGCCUCCGGAUCGCGACGGAAAAGUCCAUAGCGAAAUAUUGUCUAUACCUACAGCCCUUCUACCAAGGCUACCGAGCUCUAAUGAAUGUCCAUCCCCGGUUGUGGCCCCCAACAAUGUAGCCUCUAUUGAGAUCUGGACAUAGAAACUCUCGUCUGUUGUUGUGUCCGAAGAUAGCCACGAGCCUGCCUGGGGCUGCUAAGCUCCGAACAGCCAUGGGCACCCAAGAGGUGAAUGGUGAACAUGGCGAUGUGUAUCAGAGCCCGUUAUCACUUCCUUGUUGAGUAUUGGAGAAUUUUAUCGGAUUUAUGUUCUGCAAACCCAGAAUUGUUUGCGCAUUGAGGUUCUCAUCACUGUCACUGGACUCGUCAGUGAAACAGCGUUACAUUUCAACAGUGAAUGCGAGAAGCAAGGAUUCAUUGCAAUUGGGGGCCUUGUUUAUACCAAGAAAACGGAAACUCAUGUGCCGCAUUCUUCUCCUCUCUCCAUCUUCUUUUCUCCAUCUUCAUCUUCAUCUUCAUCUCGGUCUUCGGAUCCCAAAUCGUUGGCAUCAUCCGCAACAUCUGGAGUGGAUAUCCAAUAUCUACCAAGCUCGAGACGACCCGCUAAAGCCAAUUUAUCGGGCCUCCAAGGAAACAACAGUACACGAUAGGCAGAUCAAAAAGGUGAGAUUGGCCUGGACCCUGCAAAAAAGAGCUCAGACUCCACACGGGAGAUAUUUUUGGUCCAACGGCUUUUGGCUUCAUAGCUGACUAGGUUCGUUGUAGCUGAAGCUGAAGUUGGGGCUAAUUUGUUUGGCUUGAUAAAUAGGUCAGCAAAUAGUUUUCCAAUACUCGUAAUCACUAUCAUACCAUUUGCCGAGAUCAUUUCUACUCGAUUCAUACCAAAGAUCUCAACCAUCCAAGCACAUACAAACGUUCAGCUAUGGAGCCCACCAACGAUAUCAAGGGCCUCAUCCGCCAGUCACCGCCCGUCGAUGUGUCCAAGCCCUACGAUGCCACAACUCUCAAGGGGAAGACUAUUGUCAUCACUGGUGGUGCUAAUGGUCUUGGUUCUUACAUGGUUCGCGAAUGGGCAUCUCAUGGGGCAAAUAUCAUCAUCGGCGAUGUCGCUGACGCAGCGGGCGAAAAGCUCGUAGCUGAACUUACAACUCAGUAUCCGGACUCAGCUUUUGCCUUUCAGCAUUGCGACGUCACUGACUGGGAAUCACAAGUCAGCCUCUUUGAGACGGCUGUUCACGUCAGCCCUCAUGGAGGCAUCGAUAUUGUCGUCCCCAAUGCCGGCAUCAUCCUUCCCGACGUCUCUAUUCAGUUCGAGGAGCCUACUCUCAAGAAUGGCCGUCUUCCAAAGCCCAACACGGCUCAGUUCGACGUCAACAUCACUGGUGCUGCCUAUACCACUCACCUCGCCAUGUACUGGCUCCCACAGAAUGGAUCUUCCCCGCGAGAUCGUUGCCUGCUUCUCGUCGGCUCGCUUGCGUCUCUUUGCCCUUUCCCAACUCAAACCAUGUACACGAUGAGCAAGCAUGCUAUUCUUGGCCUCUUCCGCACCCUUCGUGCUACGUCUUUCCGGAAUGGCGUUCGUGUCAACAUGAUCACUCCCUACUAUGUUUCCAAGUCUAACAUGCUCAAGCUCCCCAUCGAAGCAGCCUUCCUCUCGGGCACAGCAGGCGGGGCAAUGAUCGAGGAUGUCAUUGAUGCUGCCACUCGCCUCAUUGCCGAUGAAGAGAUUGCGGGUCGUGCUCUCUGCGUCGGUCCCAAGCUCAAGUCCGCUGGUGUGGAUGGUGUGGAGGAUGUAGAUGCUCUCAUGACCGUCCAGGACUCUGAGAACAACGGACAAGGGCGUGCUGUAUGGGAGUGCUAUGCCGAUGACUAUGACAACGUUGACGCGUUUGUGAAACGCUUUAUCUUACUUCUGAACGCCGCUGAGAGAGUCAAGGGGUGGUUUGGUAUUUUCACUGACAUUUGGGGCAUGCUGCGACGCAAGUGAGCAGCAGCUAAGGAUCGACAAAGACCCCAUUGCGGUCGCUUUCGGUAUCAGUUUCAUGAGCAUUCGAGCAGUCGGAUUGUGAUCGGUCUUUGGAGACACGUCAUAGUCAAGACUUGGUUACACACGAAAUCAUGUAUGCAGACUAUUGCUAAGUCAUGAGGAUAGCAUAAGACGUGUCGCACUGGAUAACGGGACGUAGGAAUGCACGCAAAUAGAGAAUCGAAUGGCUUAUUGUCAUUAUAAGAUAGGAUCUCGUAUAUGUGAUGAGUCGUGGCAUCAAUGGACAAAUGGUUGUUCGAUAAGUAAGGGUGA